AACCCCCCAAAUUUCUGGUGAAAGAGCCUCCUCCUCCAAAAGUGGUUGACAGAUGGAAUGAGAAACGAGCACUCUUCGGUGUCUAUGAUAAUAUUGGAAUUCUGGGGGAUUUCAAGGCCCACCCCAAAAACCUGAUUGUGGGGCCAGAAUGGCUACGUGGAUGGAGGGGAAAUGAGCUGCAGAGAUGCAUUCGCAGAAAGAAGAUGGAGGGUGACCGAAUGUUUGUUGACGAUUACCAUAAUCUGAAUAAGAGGAUUAAAUUCUUGUACAAGCGAUAUAAUCGCUAUAGAAUGAAUCGCUAAAAGAAGUUCUCCAUAACAACAUUUAUCCACAAACAUUGUGCAUUACUGGGCGAUAUUUAUUAGUAGCGCUAGUGUGCAGAAAUUGAUGGUUGGGUGAAACCAUCCAAACAUCAUCCUUGUUAUUGUGUUCCGUCUUUUGAAUUAUUUUCUAUUUCCAGUUAUUUUUCUUUCACUUCAUUAAUUGAAAUACUUCAAUGUUCUGAUAUGCCAUUUCUUGGAAGUAUCAUUCAAGCAAUUUUGAUUUCAUAUGUACAUCAGGAUGGGAUACGUUAUAUGGUUAUUUGCCAACCUGGUUAAUGUAUAAUUGCAAAUAAUAAAUUCCAUCUUUUUA